AUGGCUUCUUCGAUAUCAACACUGCGAAGAAGGCAUAUAGUCCACCCAAGUUCGUCCAAGAAGGAAAGGCAAAUCAAAAAGGAUAUAGGCCCUGGGGCUUAUGGUUCCUGGUGUACGCCCGACAUUUCCCCGAAGCAUGUCGUAGGGUCAAAAUUAAAUUCUGUAUUCGAAUCAAGGAUCAAAAUAUCUGAUGAUAUUAUUGAAAAUGUCCAGAGUAAAGAGAUUGUACCGUAUGAAAAGAAUCGGCUGGCUCGAGUUAGGACACUGUCACCUAGACGUAUCAAAAUACGUCAAUCCAAAAAAGAGACUAUAUCUGAGAUAAUAGAACUUGACCAUAAAGUAACAGAGGAGAUCACCGAAACUGAUUCCAUAGCAAGCGAAGCCAUUAAGCCAAUUAAAAGAUUAAGUAAUGAAAUAGUGCCGGCGAUAGAAACACCUCAAAGUCCAGUUCCUACUUCUCCUUCGCGAGACAGAAAAAGCGAAGCUUGGAAAAGAUGUCCGACUUUCUGCGACCCGUACAUGCCUAUUGAUCCACAAGGUCGACGUUAUAUAAGUUGGCUGUUAUUCGUAACAUUUUGCUAUAGCUAUAACGCGUGGUGUAUCGCCCUUCGCGCUACAUUCCCAUAUCAAACACCCGAAAACACUCCAUUUUGGAUGAUAGCUGAUUAUUUUUGCGAUUUCAUAUAUUUAUUGGAUGUGAUAUUUGUGAAACCGAGGCUAAUGUUCUUAAAUGAGGGCUUCUGGGUGGUCGACCCGGUAGAUUGCAGGCGAAAUUACAAGAAGAAACUGCAAUAUAAAUUUGACGUGAUCUCACUUUUGCCUUUGGAUAUACUCUAUAUUUACUUCGGCGCGGAUAAAGUUAUUUUACGCUUCCCCCGGGUCUUGAAAUUGCAAACAUUCUGGGAAUUCCAUCGAGCUAUGGAUCGCGUUUUAUCUUCACCUUAUGUGGUGCGUAUCGGAAAAUCUCUAUUCUACAUCUUCUACUUGAUCCACCUGAACGCGUGCGCGUACUACGCCAUGAGCGCGCACAUCGGCCUCGCCUCCAACGGCUGGGUGUACGACAACGUCGGCAACGCCUACAUCAGAUGUUUCUAUUUUGCUACCAAAACUGCUACUUCUAUUGGAAAGAAUCCGAAGCCAGAAAAUACAGCAGAAUAUCUAUUCAUGACGGCCGCUUGGCUCAUGGGAGUUUUCGUGUUCGCGUUGCUCAUUGGACAGAUUCGAGAUAUAAUUGCAACUGCCACCAGGGCCAAAACGGAGUACCGCAAGAACAUCGACGGCUGCUCGCAGUACAUGCGGCGCCUGAACCUGCCGGUGCCGCUGCAGCGCCGCGUCGCGUGCUGGUUCAACUACACGUGGAACCAACAGCGGUGCUUUGAUGAACCAAAAAUACUGAACUCUUUGCCUUACAAUAUGAAGCGGGAUGUUGCCCUCGAAGUGCAUAUGUCGACUUUGAGCAAGGUGCAGCUGUUCCGCGACUGCUCGGCGUCGCUGCUGCGCGACCUGGUGCUGCAGCUGCGGCCCGAGGCCUUCCUGCCGGGCGACGCCGUGGUGCGGCGCGGGGACGUCGGUCACCACAUGUACAUCGUUAAGAGUGGAGAGUGUCAUGUGAUGUCACCAGAUGAAAAAGAAGUGUUAGCAACUCUAUGCGAGGGCUCCGUGUUCGGGGAGAUCAGUCUCUUGGGCAUCGACGGGCUCCGACGUCGCACUGCCACUGUCAUAUCACGUGGUUAUUCGAGUCUCUUUGCGCUAUCACGAAACGAUCUUGAAACCGCAUUAGAACAUCACACUGAAGCCGCGCAAAUAUUACGACGUAGAGCGGAUCAGAUCAUCCGAGAGAACGCUGCGAGGCAAGCUAGACAGAAACUAGAGGAAGAAAAUGAGAUGAAGAAUGGACAUUUAAGAAGGAGAAAGAGUAAUGUUAAUGAAGAUAUUAAACCUCUAGAAGAAGGUAGAAGAAGAAGCAGCAGAGCCAGCGCUCAGUCUAAGCGGAAGUUUUCUUCUGUUUCGGAAAAUCAGUCACUGUCAAUAGUGCUGCCGGGGGAUAACGGGUCUGCCAAGAUUGUUCUCUCCACCAAU